AUGACCAUAGAUAGCAUACCGCCAGCCGAAGGGGCUGCAGGUGCCGAAGAAGUGCACGUCACCAAGCCACCGUUGGACUCCAGAAUAGGCAAAGACGAUCCAUUUGUUUUUGGGAAAAGAUACUUGACCAACGAAGAAGAAGUUUUCAGUCAUAAUGCGUGGGACCACGUUGAAUUCGGGGAAGAACAAGUGGAGCAAGCCAAACAGAUGAUUGAGAAGCAAUACGAGAAUCCAGUUGCAGAAUUCGAUAAGACAUUAUAUAAUACGAAUCCUGCUAAAUAUUGGGAUAUUUUUUAUAAGCAUAAUCGAGAAAAUUUUUUCAAAGAUAGAAAAUGGUUACAGAUUGAGUUUCCAACUAUAUAUGAGUUGACAGGAGAAAACUAUAAUAAGCCUGCUACCAUAUUAGAGAUUGGAUGUGGAGCAGGUAAUACGUUUUUCCCAGUAUUGAAUCAAAACAAGAACCCUCAAUUAAAAUUAUUUGGAUGUGAUUAUUCAAAAGUGGCAGUUGAUUUAAUUAAGGAAAACGAGAAUUUUGCACCAAACCAUGAAAAGGGUAUUGCAUACUCAUCGGUGUGGGAUUUAUCUAAUCCAAAUUUUGAAAUACCUGAAGAUAUGGAACCAAACUCAUGUGAUAUAGUUAUAAUGGUUUUUGUUUUCCUGGCUUUACAUCCAGAUCAAUGGAAACAUGCUAUAAAUAAUUUAGCAAAGAUAAUGAAACCGGGUGGUCAAAUUUUAUUCAGAGAUUAUGCAAGAUAUGAUUUAGCCCAACUUCGAUUUAAAAAGGGUAGAUUAUUAGAAGAUAAUUUUUAUAUCAGAGGAGACGGAACAAGAGUAUAUUUUUUCACCGAAGAAGAAAUGAGAUCAAUUUUCACCGAAGAAGGACCUUUUGAAGAAAAAGAAGCAGUUGAAGAUGUAUCGUAA